AUGACACCCUCACCUUCAUCACCAGUUCUUUCGUCCGAAUCACCAAUGGCUAGGGCAUUGAACUUGACCGAGGUCCUCGAAAAUGUGAUUUCUCAUAUAGACAAAUACGAUGUAAAAACCCAACAUUCCGCCUUACUUGUGAAUCGCAAGUGGUGCAAAAUCGCCAGCCCAUAUCUUUGGAGCACGCCAUUUUCCUAUAAUAUCUCUGACAAACGACUUUGCAAGAUUAUACCAAUCUACCUAUCAUUCGUAUCAUCAGAUGUAAUUGAUUACCUAGCGAAAAACGAUGUGAAAAUGUUGACAGAAAAUGGACGAGGAAAUAAAAAUACUUGCAGGACUUUUGAUUAUCCAAAAUUCAUGAGAUCGUUGAACGUAGAUUUUUUGGCUGAUGCAGUCAUUCAGUGGUUGCAGGAGCAGAAUGUUGCAGUAUACGAAACAGAAAGCGACAGUAGUUGUGGGGAUGAGUCCUCGGAUGAUGAAGAACUUAAUGGAGAGUACAGUUCCGUAACUUCUGAAGAUAUCACCGACGAAACAAGCUCGGACGAAGAUAGCGAUUAUGACACCAGUUUGUAUGAAGAUCAAAAUUUAAGCCUUGAUCGUAAGAAUAAUCCGGAAAUAUACGAGAUUGAUGAAUACUUGGUGUCAGAGUUGUGCAAACUUUUCAUGAAUAAAUCUCGAAAAAUAUUGGAACUUAGUAUUGUAGACCUUUCUAUCGACGGAACAUUCAUAAACAAAAUUCCGAGCUAUCCUGGUAAUUCAUGCUUGUCUCAUCUCGAAAUAUUAGAAUUUGAUGGAUCUUUUUGCAACAGAACUUUUGUUAUCGGUUUAGCCAGCCUUUGCAAAAAUCUUACUACAAUUGUGGUUGACGAUAUGGACGAAGAUACUCCGUUCGUUGAAGAACUAUCAACUUUAAUUAGGAACCAGUCGUGCCUUUUAAAUUUUAGUUUGUCCGAUAUUCCCUUGGACAUGUCGAAGGUGAUAACAGCCCUUGAUUCCCAAGUUGAUUCUCUUAAGAACAUUGUUAUUAGAGAUGUAUUGAUUUGUGAUAAAGAAUCUAUCAAAGCAUUGUCUCAUUGUGUUAACGUAGAAUCCAUUGAUCUUUCAUUUGAAGAUAAAAAGUAUUACAAGUCGUUCACUGCUCUAUGGUAUAGCACCUUCCCGAAGCUCAAACAAUUGGGAAUUUCAAUGUACUAUACAUGGCAGGAUCCGCUGUUUAUCGAAAACACCAAGGCGUUUCUCGAACUUAACGGAAAACAUCUAUAUGGAAUCAAUCUAUGUCUUACGACCACCAUCUAUACCUCAAUUCUUCAAGGUAUUGGCGUAUAUUGCCCGAAACUCUCAGCUCUUGAAAUCAAUAGGAUCUAUGAUGGAGUGGGCCAUCUUAUCGAAUUAUUGAAAAUGCCGUUACCAUUAAAGAAAAUUGUAGUCGAAUAUAAUAAAUCAAAACUUCAUCAGGCUAAUGGUGCACUACCACCUCUAAGGGAUUUGAAAGCACUUGAAAAUCUAACUCAUUUUGAAAUCGGAUGGAUCUUUUCGGCUAGAUUCCUGGAAGAAAUACUGAAAGGUUGGGAAGCGCCAAUUCAGAAAUUCUCGUAUUGCAGCGAAGACGAAUUUGAGGCUCACAAAAAAAUUCUAAACGAGUUUGUGGAAAGAAUCAGUUCAAAAUAUGUGAUUAAAGAUCAUAAUGUAACUUCUAGCCCAUUUCAACGGAUAGACCGAAAUGGUUCGAUCUUGAAAAAGUGUAGAAUUGCAUUGUUUGUUCAAUAUUAG